UUGAAAACUGUUUCACUCCUUCAGCAAACAAUCAGAUCAACCACAGCAGCUUGUUAAUCCCAGCAGGAGGCUGACUGACAAGGAGGAGGGUCUAGUCAAAGUACAUAAAUAACAAUAGAUCUACCAACAGCAUAACCUUGAAUCAAAACAAGAAACGACAGAAACAAGCUAACAGAAAGUCACUUUGCUGACUUUCUGUUGUUGCAUCAACACUUAUAAUGAAAAGCAAAGACAAACCUUAGAGACAUGAUCAGUGUGAACUCUUGUGAACUGCAGAUCUGGAUCAGGAACACGGUUGGAUUUUAUGUUGUGAUGGAUUUUAUUAGUAAGUUUAUCAUAUUUGUUUCUAGUUUUUCUUUUUUGACUUUAAUACUUUGUGUAAUAUGACAGAAUAUUAAAGUCAUUGCAGGUUAAGGAACAAAAGCAACUGAUUUACAUCAUAAAAUUUUUAUGUUUGUUUGUAGUAAAUAUGUGAAGUUAAUCAAGAUGUUUCUGAGUUUUAUAGUAGCAAUGUAUUCCUCUAUUUCUAUAUUUUUAUUUUUAUUGAUCUAUAAUAGUACUCUGUGGUACUAUGAACAUGCAGUGGACAAAAUAGUUUAUUUACUAUUUACUGUUAUUGAUAAAAUCUCUUAAAGUCUGUAAAACUAGAAAGCAGAAAAUUUGUUUUAUUUUUCUGAGUCUCUAAUUGAAGAUCCUGAGAUUUUUUUUUCUAAAUGAAGUCAGACUGAGUUGUUAUGAAUCCAGUUGUUCCUUGUAUUGUUAGUGAUGAUGUUCCUGAUGUUCUGCUGCCUCUCCUCCUCUUCCUCUCUCAGGAUGAAGAUGAUCUCCAGGAUCCUGCUGCUCCUCAUCCUCAGCUCAUGUCUCUGUGCAACAUUUGUAGUGAAUGUGACACAGAGCAGCUAUCAGGCAGAGGAGAACCACAGCAUCACUCUGGAGUGGACCUUCACCUCCAAGACUCAGGGAUCCUGGAGGGAACUGUUCAUCUACUGCAGCUUGUUGGUUCCUCAUAAAGAAUUGAUCUUCUAUCACAUACAUGAAGGUGUUGAGAUUUCAAAGUCUCAGGAUGAACAGUUUUCAGGACGAGUCCAGAGUGACAAAGACGUCCUCAGAGAAGGACGAAUCAGACUAAAUGUGUCCAGACUGAGGACUGAAGACUCUGGUCUGUAUCUGUGUGACGUGAAAACUGAAGAUGGAUUCAACUCUGGAAGAUGUCGACUCAACGUUACUGCAGCUGCUGAUGUUUCUCCAGUCCAGAGAACGACCUUGGAUCCAGAACCAGAAGGUCGAGGAAGGAUCGGCCUCCAUGUUUCUCUGUUACUGACAGCAGCAGCAGCAGCAGCUCUGAUGGUCAAACUUUUCCUGACUCUCCGUUCAAAGGGUUGAUAUGGAUGAUGAUCCUGUGGGCAGGAAGGAGCUCCAGUAGCAGUCUGUGUUGGACUAAAUAUGAAGAAGCCUCUGACUGAAGACUGUUGCUGUUUGACCAACUCAUGGCUGCAUGACAAGCAAACAGGUCAAAUAUCAGACAGCAGGGAAAAUAAUUCACUGAAACACUGGAUGACAUCAUCAGGCUCUGCUAAUCCACCUCAUCAGCUUUUGCUUCUCCUCUGUAGAGAGAGAGUAUGUUGUAAAACAAUACAUUGUUGUCAUGGUUACGUAUCACUACAAGUGUCUGAAAGUAAAAAGUGUAAGAGCAAAAAUCCUUCUAGUGGCAGAGCAUCCAGAACCAGAGAGAAACCAGAACCAGAACCAAUCAGAGCCGACGUAGCUGAGCUGCUCCAACAUGGCGCCUCCAUGUUUUCUCUGUUUAUUGAGAUCAAACUUCUGGACUUUGGUCUCAUCGGUCCAGAGGAUUUUGUUCCAGGAGUCGUUUGGUUCAGUUCUGAUGACUUUGUCCAGUUCAGUCCAGAUUAAUGGACGUUUUUACACAAGUUUAUAAUUUAAGUAAAAACCAGCUGGUGAAACGUUUAUAAUAAAUGUUAUUUUUAUAAACAACUGAUUUUUAUAAAUGUUUUUAUAUGUAAAAUAUUUUAAUUUAGUGACUGAAUGAAUCGUAGUAAAAAAUGAACAGAGUCUUUCCAUCUGUUGUUUUGAAUCAACUUUAAAAAGUUUUGUUGAAGCAAAUUUAUUGAAGUCAUUUUUCUCAGAGCUUUGAUUCAGAAAGUAUUAAAAUUCAGUCAUUUCAAAUGAAUCAACAUGAAUCUCAAUGAAAAGCUGCCAGUGAGUCGUUUUCUCAGCUUUCAGCUCCAAAAGGUUCUGUGGAUCAGAACCAUCCAGUUAUUAAAGCUGAACAGCUGAGAGGUUUUGUUACUGUGAUCAGUUUAUCUGCUUUGUUUUCUGUUUCUGCUGUUAAAAUGUAAAUAAAUCAGUUUUAUAGAAAGAU